GACACCAGGCACCGCCCCUAGGGCGCCUCCAGGCCGGGUCCGCCCCGCAAGCGGCGUGGGGGCGGGGCCUGCGGUUCCCCGGGCCGGGCGGCGGCGCGCGGUCAGCUGACCCGGCGGGCCCUGACCCAGAAGCUGGGCUCUGGCGGCGGAUCUGGACGUGGCGGCCCUCACCGGUCUGAGUCACCAGGAGGGAGCUGUGGCCGAGGACGCCGAGGCCUGGAUUGGGUGGUAGCCCCGAGCCGGGACUCUCCUCCCCUCACAUUCUCCCCAGGUCUGCAGGGACGAGUACCCACACUGCCUCCUCCCACGCCGUGCUUAGGAACCCUUGCCGGCCUCGGAACACCAGCACCCUCUCUCCCGUGCAGACCCGCCUGGCUGGGGGCCCCUCCUCCACAGCCAUGGUCUGGAAGAAACUGGGCUCCCGCAACUUCUCCAGCUGCCCUAAUGGCUCCAUCCAGUGGAUAUGGGAUGUGCUGGGUGAAUGUGCCCAGGACGGCUGGGAUGAGGCCAGUGUGGGCCUGGGCUUGAUCUCCAUUCUCUGCUUUGCUGCAUCUACCUUCCCCCAGUUCAUCAAAGCCUACAAGACGGGCAACAUGGACCAGGCGCUGUCCCUGUGGUUCCUCCUGGGCUGGAUCGGCGGAGACUCCUGCAACCUCAUCGGCUCCUUCCUUGCUGACCAGCUGCCCCUGCAGACCUACACAGCUGUGUAUUACGUCUCGGCAGACCUGGUGAUGCUGACGCUGUACUUUUACUACAAGUUCAGAAAACGCCCCUCUCCGUUGUCUGCCCCCAUCAACUCCAUGCUGCUGUUCCUCAUGGGGACGGCGUGCGCCACACCGCUGCUGAGCGCUGCUGGGCCUGUGGCUGCCCCGAGGGAAGCCUUCCGGGGGCGGGCGCUCCUGUCCGUGGAGCCGGGCAGCAAGCCCUUUACCCGGCAGGAAAUCAUUGGCUUCGUCAUCGGCUCCGUCUCCAGUGUGUUGUACCUGCUCUCCCGGCUGCCUCAGAUCCGCACCAACUUCCUCCGGAAGUCCACCCAGGGGAUCUCCUACUCGCUGUUUGCGCUGGUGAUGCUGGGGAACACGCUGUAUGGGCUGAGCGUGCUGCUCAAAAACCCCGAGGAGGGCCAGAGCGAGGGCAGCUACCUGCUGCACCACCUGCCCUGGCUUGUGGGCAGCCUGGGCGUGCUGCUGCUCGACACCAUCAUCUCCAUCCAGUUCCUGGUGUACAGGCGCAGCGCUGCCGCCUCGGAGCUUGAGCCCCUCCUCCUCCCCAGCUGACCGAGCCCGGCUGAGCGCAGGAGGACGGGGACCACCGGAUGCCACACCAGGCAGGGGGAGGUGUGGGCAGUGAUGGUGCUGCAGCUCUGCAUCAGUGUGUGGGUGGCCUCUGGAUCCCCCAUGGACCGAACCGUCCCCUCUGGGAACACACCUUCAGGUAGACCCUGAAGCCUCGAGGCCGCAGCUGGAGCGGAGACCCCAGGGCCUCUCAGGAGACAGGCUGCCCCUCCUACCACCUACCUCAUUCUGCCUGCUCACCCCAGGGGCCACAGCUGCAGCCUGCUGGACUCAGGACUGUCCUGUCAACUCCAGACAACCGAGUAAACAGGCCGGGUGUGGUGGCUCACACCUGUCAUCCCAGAACUUUGGGAGGCAGAAGCAGGUGGAUCACUUGAUGUCCGGAGUUCGAGACCAGCCUGGCCAACAUGGUGAAACCCCAUCUCUACCAAAAAUACAAAAAUUAGCCAGGUGUGGUGGUGCACACCUGUAGUCCCAGCUACUUGGGAGGCUGAGGCAGGAGAGUUGUUUGAACCCGGGAGACAGAGGUUGCAGUGAGCUGAGAUCGUGCCACUGCACUCCAGCCUGGGUGACAGAGUGAGACUCCAUCUCAAAAAAAUAAAAAAGACAACCAAGGAAACGGUACCUCCCCA